AAGUAAUGAAUUAAUAAAAUACGUAAUGCAAAGCUUUUUAGUUGCUAUGGAAUCAUAUCAAGACCUACCACAUAAUCAACAGUCUGUCUUAUAUUACUUGUUUUCCUCUCACAUCUAGUCCUAACUUUGUUAAGGUGAAGUAGAGCAAGACUUUUCAUAUGUUACUUAGCGUCGUAUGAUAGAAACAUACAGAUUGUAUAAAAAAAUUAUCGAUUCCCUUCUCCCGGGAUACGUAUGAGUAAAAAUGGACAGGAAAUUUGAUGUCGAUAAGGAUAAAAAAGAUAGCGCAAAAUUGGAUGAUAUAGAAUUAACAACAAAUGGAACAUUGGAUAAAAAAAUAAAAUCUAAAAUGUCUGUUACCGAAACAACUGGUGUAUCCGGUUAUUCAAACGCCGGAUUUAGCAAAUCCGAAGCUGAUUCUGAUUCGUGGCCUGAAGAGGACAGAGAAAAAAAAGAUGUUGCUUUGGAUAUGGAUGAUGGUGAUUUCGAUGAUGAAAAUUUCAAAGAUGAAGAAUUAAAGAAGAAAUUAACUCCAGAGGAGGAAAAGAUUCUUGAAGUGUUGAGAGAAGUCGUGCGUAGAUGCACAAACCCGGACCCAAUGAAGCGUCCAACUGCAGCCGAAGUUUUGGAAAUGCUUAACAAAUGCCCAGUUCCACAAGAACAAGAUUAAACUAUCCUCCAGGAAGGCGUUGGCAUGUAAUUGAUUUUUUUUCGUAAUUGCUUUUGGUGUUUAUUCCAAUCUCAACUUAUAAGAAUUUAAAAUGUAAAUGUGAUGAAGUCGUAAGCUAUAUAUACAUAUAUUAUACAUUAAUAUAUAAUGAUGUAUAAGUAAUGUAUAAACAUUGAAAGAGAAACCUCCAUGAUUCAAGUUCAAUUUAUUUCUCUGUCUCUAUGUCUGCCUCUCUAUCUCUUAUAAGUCUUUAAUAAUGUAUUUUGAUCCUUAACUUUCUUUCUUAACAUGUAUGAAAAAACUUGACUGUUGUCAGUUGACGUUGUGAAUACUUUUUGAAGCCAAUUGCCUAAAUAAAAGCAACUAUUAUACAGAAAGAACAAUGGAAAGAGUAUCUUCGUAUCUUUUACUUUUUAAUAUUAAAUGGUAUUAAUCAGUUUUAUAUUUAUAUAUUAGAAUAAAAAAAAGGCGUUCGUUCAAAAUACAUGUACAUGUAUAUCUAUGUUUACUAAACUUAAAACAGUAAGUAAGCCUAUAUGAUAGAGUUCGUGCAUAAUUAAUAGGAAACUUAUUAGUUAUGAUAUUACAAAUUUAAUAUUUAAUUAUUAUUCGUUCUUUGUCUAGAAUAACAUGCUGGAAUGCAAGUUUAAUAUAAGUUUUUCACUCGUUCCUUUAUGUGUUUUUAUUCUCUUCACUUUAU